CCCAGCGGUCUUCGGUCCUGCUGUCUCGCGUCUGUGUGUACGUAGUUCGAGCCCGCUGCGUUCGCAGUCGCUAGCUCUUUCUUAUCGCGGGUUCGAGCACCGGGCCGGUCUGUUUUGGGGUUCGCGACCGUCACCUCAAUGCUGUUCGAUAAGGUGAAGGCGUUCGUAGUAGAGCUAGACGGGGCGCGCACGGGCACCGAGCCCGUGUUCCACGGAGGCCAGGCCGUGGCAGGCCGGGUACUGUUGGAGCUUGCGGGCGCGGCACGCGUGGGCGCGCUCAGGCUGCGCGCUCGGGGCCGCGCGCGCGCGCACUGGACGGAGUCGCGCAGCGCGGGCUCCAGCACUGCUUAUACUCAGAGUUACAGCGAGCGCGUGGAAGUCGUGAACCACCGCGCCACGCUGCUCGCGCCAGACUCGGGGGACAUCGCCACGCUUCCCGCUGGACGCCACGAGUUUCCCUUCAGCUUCCAGCUGCCUAUCUCCCUGGUGACAUCCUUCGAGGGCAAACACGGCAGCGUCCGCUAUUCCAUCAAAGCCACCCUGCACCGGCCAUGGGUCCCUGCGCGCUGCGCCCGGAAGGUGUUCACUGUCAUUGAACCCGUGGACAUAAACACACCUGCCCUGCUGGAACCCCAGGCUGGAGCCCGGGAGAAGGUGGCCCGAUCCUGGUACUGCACGCGCGGCCUCGUGUCCCUCUCAGCCAAGAUUGACCGCAAAGGCUACACGCCAGGCGAGGUCAUUCCGAUCUUUGCGGAGAUCGACAAUGGUUCUACGCGAGCUGUGCAGCCCUGUGCCGCCCUAGUACAGACACAGACCUUCAUGGCCCGAGGUGCCCGCAAGCAGAAGCGUGCAGUGGUGGCCAGUGUGGAUGGGGAGCCUGUGGGCCCCGGUCGCCGUGCGCUGUGGCCCGGUCGUGCGCUGCGUAUCCCCCCAGUGGGCCCGUCCAUCUUGCACUGCCGCGUGCUCAGUGUGGACUACUCACUCAAGGUCUUCGUGGACAUCCCAGGCUCUUCCAAGCUGCUGCUGGAGCUGCCGCUGGUCAUAGGCACCGUCCCCCUGCAUCCUCUGGGCAGCCGCUCGGCUAGUGUGGGCAGCCGUGCCAGCUUCCUGCAAGACUGGGGCCUGUGCACCCUGAUGGAUCGGCCAGAGGCCCCACCUGAGUACUCGGAGGUGGUGAGGGAGAGCCCGCUGGUAUUUGCGUCACAGGGGCCCUCCUCCCUCCUGCAAGACCUAGGUGUGACCACAGAAGGGCCCUACUUUGCCUGUCUCCAGGAGUUCCGCUUCCGCCCACCUCCUCUGUACUCUGAGGAGGACCCUAACCCACCCUCAGAGGCUGUGAGGCCACGCUGCAUGACCUGCUGAUCCGUGGGCUGACACUUCGGUACAAGUUCACAGUCUUUGGCCACUGAAGUCCCACCAUCUGCUUUGGGAACUCAGGGUUAGAUGAGGCCGUGUGUCUUCAACAUUGCACAGGAGCAGCAUGGCUUCCGUGGACAGUUCAUCUUCUCAGAGCUUCCGGUUCUCUGCGAUUGACCCACCAAUGAGGCUUGGGAGCAAUGCUGGGCUCCUCUAGGGGAUGAUAGUUUGGGAGAGAUGAAUCUAAAGUGGACACUUCCGAUCUCAAGGAACCAGAAUGAGCUAGAAGGCCAGAGGGGAGGCAGAAGGCUCCCAGAGGGCAUUUCAGCUGAGGCUUUGCUGUAUUAACAGGAGCUCAGCAAGCAGACAAGCAUGGAGGAAAUGGGCAGAGCAGAGAGUGCCCACUCCUUCUUCCUACUGUCGGGAGCCCAGGCACUUAGGUGUCUUAGAUAUGGCCUCACCGUGAGGUUAGUAGGGCAGAGGGCCCAGGGACAGACACAAGGGGGACCUGAAGGUCCAGAGGUUCCAGCUUUUGAAAACUGAUGGCCCAGGUGAACCCAGAGCUGCGGUUGUGAUCUGCCAUGUUCAGAACCUCCAGCCUCCCUCAGGGGUCAGGAUGCAGACAAGGACAUUGCAAGAACAGGCAACGGGGGCAGCUGGGGACAUCGCAAGGAGAACAGGCAACGGAGGAGGGUCAGCUGGGGACAUUGCAAGGAGAACAGGCAACCGGGGGCAACUGGGCAAACGCCCAACAUCCCAGACCUGCCAGGGACUUGCCAUUUCCAUGGUCUAAAGAAUUGCUCACGGGCUGGUGAGAUGGCUCAGUGGAUAAGAGCACCUGACUGCUCUUCCGAAGGUCCGGAGUUCAA